AUGGCUCACCGCAUCGUCUCCCAAGUCGUGGUAACUGGAGCCCGGGUUUUCGGCCGCGCCUUCGCCGAAGCCUACAAGCAGGCCCAAGCAUCUGGCAAAUACGCUGCCCAAAAGAAGGCAUCUGGAGGCUCUCUCACCACCUCUAGUCUCACCCUCGAUGAAGCGUGCAAGAUCCUGAACGUCAAGCCCCCAGCCGGUGGCGAACACAACCUCGAACAUGUUAUGGCCCGAUUCAAGAAGCUCUUCGAUCUGAACAACCCCGAAAAGGGCGGCAGCUUUUACUUGCAGAGCAAGAUUCUGCGAGCACGGGAGCGUUUAGAGAUGGAGUUCCGCGAGGCCGAGCGCAAAGUCGCGCAUGACAAGGAAUUGAAGGAAGGCUGGAACCCCAAGGUCUACAAGGACAAAUGA